CAUAGGCUUAGCUCAGCUAAAAUUGCAAAGGGAACUUCCCCACUCAGACUUGGCUUAAUUAUGUUGUUCUCAAAGAAAUGCUGUGCUUUAUUUCUGUCUUGUCUAAUACUGUCAGUGCAGGCAAAAACUGACUGUCGCGAUGAGAAAUGUAAACCUGGUGAUGAUGACUUGUUUUAUAGCAUCAUUGGAGGUGCUGUUGUUGGAGGAACCGCAGCUGUGGUAGCAGCUCCUUUUGUAGUCAGUGCGUUAGGGUUCAAUGCUGGUGGAAUAGCUGCUGGUUCUGUUGGUGCCUCUAUGAUGUCAGCAAUGGCUCCAACAGCAGGAGGUGGUGUAGUAGCUACAUUGCAGUCCGUUGGAGUGCUUGGACUCUCUGCUGGAGCCAAAGUUGGUAUUGGAGCUGCUGGAGCAGUAGUAGGAGCUGCUAUUGGAGCUGCAGUAACAGAUGAUCAUGAUGACAAUUAAAUUUUUGUCAGUUGAUUUAGCACUGGUCGAGUUGUUAACUUUUGUCAUUUUGCUGCCUUCAUAAUAUUUUUAGGUCAAAAGAUUUUUAUAAAAGUAGACUAAUGGGUUCAAUGGAAAACUUAAGCUAUCAGCUGUACUGUAUCACCUUGAUUUUGCCGAUUAAUAUUUUGUAUAUUAUAUUGAUAUCUGAUACUUUGAUUGAUAUUUGUACUGUAUCAAAUUUGUUAAAAUAAUAUCUUUUUA